AAAGCACAUUCCACCCGCGCCGGCGGCGGUGGCGGCGCAUGCGCCCCAAUCCCGGUCGACGUCGCGGCGCUUCGGCCAGUCGAUGCUGGAGGCCCGCGCCAACAGGAACGCGAUUUACUCGGCUCUUCCGAAGCUUCCGGCUCGUCUCUCUUGCAGCGCGUGUCGCCCAAAUACAUCUUGAGAGAAAAAAAGCUCCUCUUCGAGCGGACGAGCGCGAUGGGAUGAAGAGAGAGCGCAGCUGCAGUCCCUAGAAUAAUCGCGACACACAUGCAAGCAGAGCUUUCGCCCAGGUGAUCGCGCGUGUGAACUCUCUGCUCGGGUGGUCGCACGUGACAGAGAGAAAAUCAUCGGCGGAGAGAACGAGCAAGAGAGCCAAAUUCGAUAAUCUCCCCCCUCUCCCGGCAGUAAUCUUCGGAAAAGCCAACAGCAGCCUCGCGAAAGAGGAAAACCAGGCAGCGACGAUAAAGAAGACUGUAUGGAGAAGAAAAACAUGAGCGUAGCCGGUGCCUCGGUUGCGGCUGGCAAAAUCGAGUUACCCGAGCAUCAGCCUCCGUCGAUUGAGAGCUAGGAAAAUCUGUGAUUGAAAAAUGAAAAGCAACGAGUCCUAAUCGCCGAAAAAUGAUCGCUAUCGCCUCGAAGAAGCGAAGGAGAUGAGGAGGGCCAUCUGCAGCGACGGAGGCGAGUCGAUAGAAGAAACGAACGUCAUGAGGCGCUGCAGGACGUGAGACAGAGAGUGAAAGAGACUAACAAGAUGGAUUGGCUGCCAGGUCGGCUCAGGUAGCCAUCGACAGCGCUGAGGAACAAUCACGGACCACACGUAGGAUACAUAUAUAUAUAUAUCGAGAUACACUAUAUAUACACGUAGCAAGCAAUAGGAGCGUCAGCGAGAGGAGGAGCAGACUGUACAAUAAACAAUAAGGGACUAUAGUUGUAAAGGUACCGGAGACGACGGGGAUCUUCGCAAUAUCAAGGGAACACACACACACACACACACACACACGACGACAUAUCCGACGACAAGCUGUACAAAGAGGAGCGAAGGAGGUGCAAAAGGGCAGAAGAGCUCCGCGGCGGGAAAAGACUGAGAAGUAGCGAGUUGUAUUCCAUUAUAUAUAAUCUUUCAUCCGCCAGGGCCUCGACAUAUCAGAAGAGGAUCUUCUAUAUCACGCGCUUUAACGGAUUGAAAAAAUACAAGUGUCUUCUACUUGCGAGUGCGUAUACGUCGUGUAAAUGUAUUAUAUGAUGUAGGUGUGAAUAUGCGCGAGUGAUCUAUGGUAUACGUAUAGAUAUCGAGUGCGCGUACACACGUAUAAGGGCCGGCGCUUCGAGCGCGGCUCAGAAAUGGGUUGCGGACAGAGCAAGAUCGGUAACCUCUACCCCAAGAACAAGAAGAACAAAAACGCCGGCUCCAAGAGGAACGGAUUCUCGACACGCUCCGCGUCGAUCGAGCAGAAAAACGGAAACGGCAACAACAAGGCCAGCAAGACGAACAACAAUGGGGCCGAGGUCAAUAGAAACGAGGAGCAGAACGGCUCGCUCGACAAAUCCCAGGCCAAGAAGAAGCCACAGGCGCCCGGCGGCGGACCUCUCCUGCAACAGACGGAGAUAUCGACCAGCCAGUUGGACUUUUUCAGGAUGCUCGACGAGAAAAUCGAGAGCGGCCCGGACUACGACGAGAGCGCUGACUCGCACCGAGCGGAGCACGUCACCGGCCUGCUCCGGCGCUGGGAGCUGGCGAGCGUCUCCUGGUCCAACGUCGCCGACCUCAGCAGCAGCAGCAGCAGCAACAGCAACGCCUUCAAGCAGCAGCAGCACGCGCCGAGCAGCCGGCCGCUGGCCAGCCUGCAGCAGGCCCACCGCGGCGGGGCCUACAAGAGCCUCCCGCCGCCGAUCAGCGGCCUGGGCAGCAACAGCCUCAGCGCCAAGGACCGAGAGGGCAUGCGCAACAUAAUCGGCGGACGACCCGAGAGCGCCCCGGUCUACGUGCGCAGCGCCGCCGCGAGGGUCGACGGCCUCCAGGACGUGGUGCACCACGCCGGGCCCUCGCCCAACAUGCCCCGGCACGUGCUCGAGUCCAUCAGCCAGUCGCCCACCCAGAACCUCAAGACGCCGCCCGGGGUCUCCUCGCCCACGCCGGGCAGCCGCUACCAGCACUACCACCACCCCGACUUCCAGCAGCAGUCGCAGCCGGUCAAGGUUACCAAGGCCCAGUACAGCCAGGGCCCGAGCCCCCUCAACGGCGACUACUACGCCAGGCAGGGCUACGACUCGCCGGGCCCGAACGCCCUCAUCCGCAACUCGCCCAGCAACCCCUACGUCCAGCAGUUCCAGAUCACGUCGAGCCCCCAGGCGCCCGUGCAGCAGCUCUCCUCCGCGGCCCAGAGGAAGCGUCAGUCGACGGGCUUCCAGAUGACGUGACCGGGACAGUACCGCACCAGGCCCGAGCCCGGCAGCGCCGCAGGCUGGACCGCGCGAUAAAAGACUGACACAUCACACGUACUGCACGAGCGCUCCGCGCGACGCGCCAGAGAGAGAGAGAGAGAGAGGACGAGAGCCGGCUGCCGAUUUCGUUUUUCUACAUAUGACUACGUCAAGGUGGACUAUACGCCCGGUGAACCCGACAAUAUGUAUUUCUUCUUUCGUUAUUGUUUAUAUCGUUACGUAUGUCCGCCCGCGCGGAUAAGUCAAGUCAAUUAUGUACACCUAUGAGUGCGACUGUGGCGCAACCGAAAUUCUUUAUGGGAAAAGAGAGAGUACAAAACACUUAUGUUCCUCUACUGCCCCAAAAUUCUGUUACACCCCGGCUCGGUGGGGAGAAAAAUUCAUUGUUAUUUUUUUACAUUUUUUACGUCAGGAUUUCGAUUUGUUGCUUCCGAACGAGGUAUAUACACCGAGUGGAGAUAUAGACACGCGCGCGCAGCUUCGCGAUCGAAGGUGGCAUUAUUCGAAUAUUUUGUAAAUAUUUAACGCGUGCGAAGAAAUGUGACGGAAAAUGAAUAGUCAAACAUAAAUCAAAACAAUAAAUUCUAACGGCAUUUGUAAGGCUCAUAUUAUUCUUUCGAAAUUUACACGACCUGCAACACAGCAUCCGCCUGUGUUUUAUACAUUUUCAUAUUUUGUAUGGAUUUUUAAAAAUACCUCAUGUUUCUGUAUGAGUUUUGCAUUUUUAAUCGCGAUUUACUUAUACAGCCCGAAACCAAAAAAGCAAAUCACAGUCUCCCUACGCAGCUCAAGUAUGCGUAAAUCAAAGAUCCUCACUAUUGUAAGUGCCAAAGGUCGUACACGAAGGGAACGAUGCUGCAAAAAAGGAAAGAAACGACGUCGAACGGAAAAUCUCGACAACACGUCUGUGUAACACUGAACAAGUAAAGCUCGAGCGCGACGAAGUGCGCCAUAAAACUCGUCCAAGACGACGAUUGUAUGCGAAAGCUCUCGAUUCGGACCUGUAUAAAUGUAUUUGAAUUCUGUAUAUUCCAGCGGGAAUAGGCGACGAACGGAAUGAAAGGGGUGCAUUACAUGCGCGUGUGUGUAUUAUAUAUACAUGGCUUUAUGUACAUAUACAUAUAUAUAUAUACCCGUGGGCGAACAAAGCGCGCUGCGCUUUAUAUAUAUGUAUAAAAUGAGAGCUCGUGGCGAAAGCGAGGGUGUGUGUUUUAGAGACUCGAUAUAUAUAUAUAUAUAUAUAUAUAUAAUAGCACGGAGAGAAGCGUUAUGUAGGCUUAGAAUCGUAACAUUGUGUAUAGAUUCAUUAUGUAUAUGUAAUAAAUAAGUAACGUUAAGUACGCUAAAUGAAUAAUGAAAAUAAUAAAUAAUAAUGAUGAUGAUAUAAUAAACAAAACUUCGACGUGAUGACUGUAUAUUUCUAUGUUGACCAUGUUUUCAAACGAUGCAGACUAAACGGAGAUAUGUUAGAGGGCGAUGAAGAAGAUACGACGAGUAAAAAUGACGACAGAAAUGAUGAGAUAAACAAAAAAACUAUCUAUAUAUAUUAUAUAUAAUAUAUAGUUGAGGCUGAAACAAAUUUUAUAUUUCAUGUUACGAUAUACCAUAUAUAAAAUAUACACUGUAUUGCGAUGAUAUGAAUUAUAAUUCACCUUAAGAGACACUUUCGGUCAUCAUUAUAUCGCUGCGUAAUCGAGGAAAAUUAUAUCCGUUCAUGACUUUGCAUCUUCUUCUGUUGGACAUCGGAUCUUACUUUUUCGUAUAAAUAAAUUCAUAAUUUCUCCUUA